GAGAUUCACACACACAACAAGUAACAACCAGAGAGGAAAGAGACUUCAGGUCCCGGCAGAGUUGAAACAGAAGCACUCAGAUCGAGGAGUGAGAUUCACCAGCACACCUUAGGAGCAAUUCUUCUUGUAAACUUCAGUGUGGCUGGACUUGGAGGUUUAAGGAUUGUUUGUUUGUCUUGACUUUGGAUGGACUCUUGCUUUAUUGCUCCUGAAGCAGCGACCUGUUCUUCAAACAGGACAAAAGUUUGACACGUGCACGAUCAGCAAAGUUAGAUUUGAUUUCUUACUAAUUUGGGCUCCUGUUCCACUUAUGGCUGCUGUGCGUCAGAUGGUUAUGGAGGCUUCUGGCUUCCACGUCCUCCCAGCUCACCUUAUGGCCUCAGCUAUGGAGGAGUUCCCCCAGCAGCUGCCUGUCCCUAAGGGCCCAGCCAGGGGCAAGAGCCGCUCCCGCCGACCACGUGAGGCUCGAUUCAAAACACAGCCUGUCACCUUUGCUGAGAUUGCAGAGGUGGAGGAAGAAGGCUCCUCGCCAAUGGAGGAGGAGAGGGCGCGUCGCUCCUUCCUGCAGUCCCUGGAGAACCUUCGGCGGAGCACACAGACCCUUCAUUGUCCACCAGCUGCUCAUCACAGCUGCACCCCCACGACCACACAGACCAGCCUGGACUCCAGUGACUCCGACUCCACUCAGUGAGUGCUGGGACGUGACCACCUCCGGGCCCCCCAUGUCCCUCGCUUCGCCUUGAUGCCGCUUCAAAUGGAGGCCAAUUGAACUGAACCAAACUGGCCUGUCUGCCAGCCUGCCUGUGUGUAUAAGCUGCUGCUGUCAUGCAAAUGUCUGCAUUUAAUAUAUACUAACAUAUCAACAUACAGUAUAUAGCUUGAAGAUGCACUUGAUGCAUAUCUGUAAAGAUCCUCACCAGUGCCACAGGCUGGUGAUACUGCUGUAUAGAUAUGAUGAGUGUAAAGGUAGCAGAUGACGCAGAGGUGAACACACUCUGACUCUUUAAAUGUAUUCCUUUUCUACUGUAGACAUCUUUGAGGAAAACUUAAAAGAUGAAAGAUUUUUCCAUUUUAAAAGCUGUAUAGGUAUUUUUGUUUCAAUUCAGAUUUUCUACUUGAUCAGUCAACAUAGAAAGGACUGUUUAAACAAAUGUUAGUAUUGCAACUUACCAAACUGUAAAUACAUCGUCUGAGCAAUGUACUGUGCAACAACAGUGACCUGGCCGUCACUGAAGCAGUAGAGUACCAUUACAAGGCUUUGUCAAGAGUUUGAGCUCUUGCUUUCCAGCUUCACGGUGAAAGAAAUCUCUGCUCUUGCUUUGAUUCCUGAGCAAAAAAAUGCCUUUCUAAAUGUCUUUAUUUAUUCUUUUAUUUUGUUCAUAACCAAGUAGAUGUGAUAUUUUAUUGCUGUUUCUGACUUCUAAAGUCGCCUUGACUUUCAAAGAAAAUCAUAACCUUUGUACUUUAUAUUUGUUUUACUUUAUACAUAUAUGUUACAAUGUUUGUCAUAUGUACUUUAAUAAAUAUUUUCAAAUA